GUCACUGUCACGCUACAUCGUCCGCAGUCCGCAGUCCAUCGACACAACUACCACAACUACACGACUUCCCCCUCCGGCCGUGUCUAGCCGUGUCCAGCUGCAUGCAACAUGUCGCGCUUGCCUUCAAACGCCCCACCCACUUUCGCAGUUCUGCUACCACGGUUAUUUCACCGCUUUUAAGUGACAAUGGCACUGUGCUUAGUCAAGUCUGCUGCCACCAAUUCUAAGGAAUUUGUCAACGGUUUGGUGAGGCACAAGGAACCAUGGCAGAUUGUGGCAAUAACAGCUACGGGGACUUUGGUCGGUGUGUGGAUGUUUGAAUUUAUUUUUGAUGGGGAUGAAAGUGCUUGGGCCCGAAUCAAAAAAUCGGCUUUUCGUCUGUUGCGAAAGAUUCCUGCAGUGAGGAACAAGAUUGACUCUGAACUCCAAAAAAUCCAGGUUUCAUUUUCUGAAGAUGCUAAGAAACGUUAUCAGGGGAAAGAGUUCUUUUACGCUCUCCCCAGUAAGGGACAGGCGGACUCUGAAAUCAUGAAGCAAGUUCAUGAAUACCUGGAGUUGGGGGAAUACCAAUGGAAGGAUGGUUACCUGUCUGGUUCUCUCUACAUGUGGAAUCAAAAAUUGAUUGAAUUACUGACAGAAGUAUGCAGUGCUGCAUUUUACACUAACCCAUUGCACCCAGAUGUCUUCCCUGGGGUGAACAAGAUGGAAGCUGAGGUUGUACGGAUAUCUUGCAACCUCUUCAGGGGAGGACCAGAUUCUUGUGGCACUAUGACCACAGGAGGUACAGAAUCCAUAUUUAUGGCUUGCAAGGCAUACAGGGACUAUGCUCGAGAGACCAAAGGCACUCGAAGGCCAGAGAUUAUUGUCCCUGUCACUGCGCAUGCAGCAUUUGACAAGGCUGCUCAUUACCUUGGGAUCAGAAUCAAGCAUAUUCCAGUGAAUGAAGACACCACAGUCAAUAUUGCAGCUAUGAAGCGUGCAAUUUCUAAAAAUACCUGCAUGCUUGUUGGGUCAGCCCCCAAUUUCCCAUAUGGCACCAUUGAUGACAUCAAGAGCAUUGGAGAACUUGGGCUCAAGUACAACAUUCCAGUCCAUGUUGAUGCAUGUCUUGGUGGAUUCAUCGCUGCAUUCAUGGAUUAUACGGAGUAUCAAAUGCCACCAUUUGAUUUCCGUGUGCCCGGUGUUACAAGUAUCUCUGCUGAUACUCACAAGUAUGGAUUUGCACCUAAGGGAUCAUCAGUUGUGUUGUACAGUGAGCAAAAGUACAGGAGGUUCCAGUACACUGUCACCACUGACUGGCCUGGUGGUGUGUAUGGUUCUCCAACUGUCGGUGGCUCUCGGUGUGGAGCUAUUAUUGCUACGUGCUGGGCUACAUUUAUGCAUUUUGGUAUGGAGGGCUAUGUAGAAGCAACUCGUCAGAUUGUGAAAGCUACCAAGCACAUUGAAAAUGGGCUGCGCAAGAUUGAUGGAAUCUUUGUCUUCGGUCGUCCAGUGACAUCUGUUGUAGCAGUAGGUUCAAAGGAUUUUGAUAUCUAUAGGCUUCAAGAGGCUAUGCAAUCAAAGGGCUGGAACCUUAACACCCUGCAGUUCCCCAAGGGAAUUCACCUCUGUGUGACACACUUGCACACAGAAGAGGGUAGGGCAGAUGCUUUCCUGAAGGAUGUUAGAGAGGCUGUCGCUGUCAUCAUGAAAAAUCCUCAAAAGGAAGUUGAAGGCAGUAUGGCUAUGUAUGGUGCUUCAACAACUCUGCAAGACCGCUCCAUUGUCACUGACUUCACAAGGUUUUGGAUUGACGCUUUGUACUACACUCCUGAUUCUGCAUGAUGUUUUUCAGUACAGUGUGAAGCAGUAAAAGGAACCAAGGGAUCAAAAGUAAUGUGUUAACUUAUCUCACUCUAUAUUCCAUGAGCCGCAGCAGUACUUAAGAAAUGUAGUUUUGGAAGAUGCAAUUGGCUUAGACAUCUCAAAUUUUAUUUUUGAAAUUAUUUUAUCGAGCAUACUUUUUAAAGAGAUACAUACUUAAGUAUUAAACAUUUGAAUGCCUGCUAGCUUCCCUACAAUCCUUUCAUUCUAGCAUCCGAUCAUUGCACUAUUAGCAAGAGUUUAAAAUAAUGAGAAGUGGGGAAGGCCAGCUGUAUUAUUAGAGUUGGCAACUUUUUGCCUUCCAAUAUUUUUAGAAAUGCACAUUGAUGUCCUUGUUUUUUAACGAUUUUUGGCUAGUGAGUUUUUGUGUGUACCAAGAGUAUUGCAUUUUUAUUCAGGAUCACAGUAACUAAGUGUGAUAUUGUUACAUUUAUAUGUCCUUUGCAUUUAUUCAGAUUUUUUAAAUGUUGCUAUUUCAUUGUAAAUUAUUUGUGAAUAUGGUUAUAUUUUUUUACUGUCUAUGUGUUAAUGAGGUGUGAAAAGAUGUAUAUUCUCUGAUUUUGUUUCAGACAGAUACAAACUUUGCUAGUCAGAUGACUGCCUUUGAAGUUGUAAACCAGUGCUAUUUAUAAUUUUGUAGAAGUGCUCCUUUUUAUCAAUAUAUGCACUUUCCAUGUUAUGAA